CUGCGAGCUUAUGCAGAAACCACGUCGUGUGAGGCAAUUGAAGUGAAGUGAGGCAGCUAUGGACGAGGAGGAGCUGGAGUAUGCGUUGCUGCAGAAGGGCGAGGUGUUCGUCUACAAAAUACCGCCCAGGCCGUCUGUGGGACACAGGUGGGAUGGGAUGGGGUGGGGUGGGGUGGACAGAGCAGAACAGAGCGGAGGGCAGGGCAGGGCGGGGCAGGCCAGGCCAGGACAGCAAACACAACAAACACACCUGUGUGGUUUCAUUCCCUCCCUCCCUCCCUCCCUGUCUGCCUGCCUGCUUGCCUUUGUGUGUGUGUUCAUGUCAUUGUGUGCGUGCCCUGCCCUCUUUCUGUCUGUGUAUAUGUAUGUCAUGUCAUCAGGGCUGAGGAUUGGAAGAAUCCAAUAUGGCAGGGGAAGCUGCAGAUUGUGGCCAAGGGCGACAGAUGCACAGUCAAACUCGUCGACAGAAGCUCUGGUAAGUGACGAGGGAGGGAGGGAUGGGCAUGGCCACGCUCACUCAGACAGACAGACAGACAGAGAGGGCAGCCUGGGCUGAAAGAGUCCAUCCACACCCGCCCACCCAUCCAUCCAUCCAUCCACUUGUCCAUUCGUCCGUUGAUCCACUAACAACAGGUCAGCUGUUUGCGAUGUGUCCGGUGCCCGAGAACUACGAGGAGGCCAUCGAACGAAGUCAGUGAAGCAAUCAAAUGACAAUCAAUCAACCAACGACCCACACGACACUCGUCCAUCAUAUGGUGUGUGCUGUGCUGUGCUGUGGUUGUGUGUGUGUUCUGGUGGGUGGGUGGGUGCAGCCGUCGACAGCUCGCGCUACUUCGCCCUCCGGAUCGAUGACGGCAAGGGUAGGCGAAAGAGCACACCACAACAUGCACACCGUUCUCGAUGGUGCGUGGCUGUAUGUGUGUGAGCAUGUGUGUGUCAGGUCGUCACGCUUACAUCGGUAUGGGGUUUGAGGACCGCAACGACGCCUUCGACUUCAACGCAACACUCAACGACUUCGCAAGGUCCGUCAUUCUGUGCUGUGCGUGUCUGUGUGGGUUCCGUCUUCGACUGAGGCUGACGCGCAAUGGCUGUGCUUUAAUCGUGUUCGUUCAGGCGUCGUGAGGUGGAGCGAGAGGAGGCGAGUCGGCCGGCCCUUGCCGACCUGCCGCAGAGGGACUUCAGACUGCAGGAAGGUGCGUGUGUCUGUGUGUCUGUGUGGCAUACACAUACUUAGACAGACGCACACAGACAUACAGAGGCAGAUCAGAUGUGCAAGAGAGACAGAGGAGACGACUGGAUGGAUGGAUGGAUGUGUGUGUGCAGGUCAGAAGAUCAAGGUCGAGAUCAAGGGGGUGAGGGGCAAGUCACGGUAAGCAUCAAAGCACCACCACAGCAGGAGGGAAACGAAGGAAGCCAUCCAUCCACCUAUCUAUCCAUCCAUCCAUCCGUCCACGUCUGUCUGUCUGUCUGUGAAGGCGCAAGGACCACCACGAGGGCAGCCAAGGCGGCGCGGGCAUCGCCGCGCCACUCAUGCCACCGCCACCCGCAGGACACACAGGUGCCCCUCCACACACAUAACACACCACACCCUAUCCAACCCACCCCACUCUGCCUUCGUUUCUCGUCCCAUCAGGUCCGGCCACCCGCUCUCGUCGCCACAACUCCCCCUCCUCACCGCAGCUCGACGCACAACACCCGCCACAGCCACCACCACAGCAACAGCAGCAGCAGCAGCAGCAACAGCAAUAUCAGCAACAACAGCAGUUCCAGCCACAGCAAUACCAGCAGCAGCAGCAGCCAGUCCCUACAGCGACGUACCAGGGCCACAUGCCCAAGCAGCACCCGCUGCAGACGCCAUACCAGCAAAACGUGAGCGUGCCGGGCGGCGGGAUGCCCUCAUACCCACAGCCACAGCCACAGCCCCACCAGCCGCCACCACAGCAGCAACCACAGAAGCAAGCACCACCACCACAAUCUGCCACAGUGGUAAGCAAAUUUGCAUCCGGGGAGGCCAAGAGAGAUGGGGUGGAUGGAUGGAUUGGAUGGAUUCUGUGUGGCGUGCCGGUCAGGAUCUGCUCGAUUUGGAGUUCAGCGACUUCCAGACGGCAUCGGUCGCCACUCCCGCCCAGCCACAGCCAACACAACAGGCGCAAGCACAGCCACCGGCCCCUGCGGUAGGUCAGCCAUAUGGCGGCUAUGCGCAGCAGCAGGCGCCUGCUGCUGCUCCCGUGGCGCCACAACCGGCGUACGGCUCUGGUGUUGUGGGUGGGUAUGGUGGUGGUGGUGGCCAGCCGAUGGUUCCUCAGCAGCAGGGAAUCCAGUACGGCAACAACACACAUGCACCGGCACCAGCACCAGCACAUGGACAGAUGGCGGGCAAUGUGAUGCCUCCUCCUCCUCCCAUGAGUCAGCCGCAGCAAGGCAACUACCAGCAGCAGCAGCAGGGGCCGCCCAUGGGUGGGAUGCAGGGGAUGGUGCAGCAGUAUGGGCAGCAGCCACCGCCGGCCGCCAGUGGUGCAAUCGCGCAGCAAAGCCAGCCACCGAAACACCAGAGGUGAGUGAGAUCCGCUUCAGGCAGGCAGGCAAACAGACAGACCUCGGUCUGCUGUAUGCAUAUGCAGCAAUUUUGACGAGUUCGAUCUGCUGGGGUGAUGUGACUGACUGGAGUGAGUCAUCGAUCCAUCGACCGACCGACCGUUGCAGUGAGAUUGGGGGAGGCCGCCAUCACGGUGGCAGUGAGUAUGUGAGACAACGAACGGCUGGAGAGGGGAGGGGAGGUGCUGGGUCUCGAGAGGAAACCACCAUAUAUAUAAUGUGGCUGGCUGCAUGAGUGGAGUGAAUUGAGUGCAUGUCGUGUGUGUACAUGCACGAGGGACAGAUAACUGACUGAUUGACACUGUUUAAACCGGCAUCGGUGACGGCCUGAUGGGUGCGGGUGAGGCGGACGACCCGAUAGUGCUAGAACGAGCUUUUAGCUCUCUCUACAGCUAAAAGCUUAUUCAAUAACUAUCGGGUUGUUUACC